AUGGAAAUUGAAUCAGCAAAGUGCGAGUGUUGUGGACUAAGGGAAGACUGCACACAAGAUUACAUCACUCAAGUGAAGUCGAAAUUCCAAGGCAAAUGGCUCUGCGGUCUCUGCUCCGAGGCCGUUAGCGAUGAGCUUAGCCGAGGCAAGGCCCGGUCCGGGUUGGACGAGGCCGUCAAGGCCCACAUCUCCUUCUGCCGCAACUAUAAGUCCAAUCCGGCCGUGAACGUCGCUGACGGAAUGAGGCAGAUGCUCAGGAGGAGGACCGAUCUCUCUUCGCCCUCGUCUUCGUCUUCGUCUAAGAAAUAUUCUAGAUCGUCGAGCACGUCGCAGGUCGGAUUUUACUAG